AUGUCUGGUCCCAAUCCAGUUGUAUUUUUUGAUAUAGCCCUCGGAGGCGAGUCACUAGGUCGAGUGAAAAUGGAACUGUUCGCCGACGUGACUCCGCGGACAGCGGAGAAUUUCCGCCAAUUCUGCACCGGCGAGAGCAAGAACCCAAAGGGUCAGCCCCAGGGUUACAAGGGAAGCAAAUUCCAUCGAGUGAUUAAAGACUUCAUGAUCCAGGGCGGAGAUUUUAUCAAUGGCGACGGGACUGGGUCAUGUACCAUCUACGGCACCUCCAAGUUUGCCGACGAGAACUUUACGCUCACACAUGACCGUGCCGGUCUUCUAAGUAUGGCUAAUUCGGGCCCGAAUACCAAUGGCUGCCAAUUUUUCAUAACCACUACAGCGACUCCCUUCCUAAACAACAAGCAUGUGGUCUUUGGCCAGGUGAUUGAUGGGAUGGAUAUCAUUCAUAUGCUUGAACAUACCCGUACCACCAAAGACAAGCCCAAUCAAGAUGUGACGAUUGUGCAGUGUGGAGAAAUGUAA